AUGUCGGCGCACGGACAGGCUCACGGCCAUUUCAUCAAGGCCGACCCUGGCAUGGCCCAUUCGAGGGUCAAGCCCAUGUUUUCCCAAGACACGGCAGUGGCAUUUGGUGGCUUAGUGGCCAACUGGUGCCUGGACACGCUCAGAAAUCUACACAUGAGCAUGGCUGCCCAGCACAUGUUUCUUUCCCAGACAAUAUGA